AUGAUCACUGGAGGAAGAGAAGCUGAUUGGUAUCGAGUUCUUGGUGUUGAUCCUUUGGCUAAUGAUGAAACUCUGAAGAAGCAGUACAGGAAGUUAGCUCUUUUGGUUCAUCGGGACAGGAACAAGUAUAAAGGCGCGGAAGGUGCAUUUAAUUUGGUUUUAGAAGCUAGGCGUCUGUUAUCUGACAAGGUUAGUAGAACCGCUUGUGAUCAAAGGAGGAAGUUAAACGCCGGGAUGCAGAAACCACCACCAUACCAACACAAGCCAGAUUCUUCUAACGGGAAUCAAAAUGCUAAAGACAGAGUGGAUCUGAGUGCUUGGAUUGGAAGUAAGAAGUCUGCUAGUGGGGCGCAGAAACCACCGUAUGCACACAAGCCAGCUUCUUCUAAUUCGAAUCAAAAUGCUAGAGAUGGUGUGGUUCCAAGUGCUGAAACUAGAAAUAAUAAGCAUGUGCCUGCCUGCUCCGGCUCCUCUGAAUAA